AUGUUCUUCUUCCCGUCGCAUUCGGUCGCCGACGACCGCCCGACCGACAGCGACCCGACCCCCAAGCGGCCGCCGCCGGCACUCCCGCGCGACGACAGUAGCCACCUGGCGGCGCCAAUUGUCCCUGCGGUGCGGCAGGAGAGCGGCCGCGUGGCGGCGCCGCUCGUCGACCUGGCGCAGCGGCUGAAGCCCAAGCUCGCCGUGUCCGAGAGCGGCCACUUUGAAGACCAGUUCUACCACGCGCACGACGGGAGCAAAGCGAUGGCGCGGCUGCGGCAGCGCGCGUUCCAGAACAAGACCGUGCACACGAGCGGAGACGACGUGGAGCAGUUCUCGGAUGCUGACAUUGUCACGAGCGGGUACUUGGUCAAGCAGGGCUCGUUCUGGAAGUCGUGGCGCCGUCGGUUCUUCAUCUUGAGACGGGACUGCCCCGUGCUGAGCUACUACACGUCGGCGGAAGAACUGGCCAAGCUCGGGGAGAUCACGAUCGACGAACACACGACCGUGCAGCCGACGCCAAAAGACGGCAUGUUGUACCGGUUUACGAUCGAGAACGACAAGCGCAAGCUGUCGCUGAUUGCCGAGCAAGGUCAAGCGGACAUGGAAGCCUGGAUCGCGUGCAUCCAAGGCUGCAUCGUGCAGCGCGUGCGGCUGACGUCGCGGGUUCUCUCGGCCAAUGGAUCGCUCCUUCGACGAGGAGAAGGCGUGUCGCUGUGUGCGCAGCUGCAAGGCCGAGGAUCCGAGAGCGCGUCCAUGCUGGAAGACCUGGGCGCUGACCGCACGAGCUUCUCUCGCAUGGAGAGCCCGCAUGUUGCGGGCAGCAGCAUGAGCAUGAUGAAGCGAUUUUCGACAGACUCGACGGUCAUCCAGCAAGCUGCGGACGACUCGAGGUCCGUCCGAGACAACGAGGAAAAGCACAAGCAGCAACAGCAGCAGCAGUCUCGACAGCUUGCGCUCUCUCGGCUGGCCAGUACGGCUUCCGUGCCUAUCGAUGCACCAAAGGCGAAGCCUCGCCUGUUUCGCUCGUCCAGUGCUGGAUCUAUCCUCACUCAGCCGUCGUCGUGUCCUGCUACAGCUCGUGCGUACGACGACAACGGCCUGUCGAUGCUGCGGUUGGCGAAUGAUACACAGAGGGCGCAGACCCCAUCGAAUUGCCCACGUGCACCGAAUCUGAGCUUGCCUGGGUUCAAGCCACUCCCUAGCGUGGAGCUCGCUGUGUCUGUUGGCAGCAAAGCCAUGCAAGACGUCCCGCACAUGUUGGUAGUUCUGUUCACGUGUUGCCAGGGACAACAGCCAGAAGAGAUCUCCCGCACAGAGGUGCGGAGCUCACUUUCGUUUCGAUCCUGCGGUGGUGACUUCUAUGCACGCGAUUUCAAUGCUCUCCUUUCCGUGCCGCGCGUAGCACGGUCAGUGCUGCAGUUCGAGAUCUUUUCAGUGGUCAACGCUGCAUCCGAGUCGCUGGAGAAUCAGAAAUCGUUGGGUUUCGUGCGUGUCUCGGCGCUAGACAUUCUCUUUUCGCGCGAGUCGUCGAUGCUGCUCGAGUGUCACCGAACAGGCUUGUCCAAGCAGCUUUUCUAUCUGGUGCUGGAUCGGUUUGUCCCGCCUGGCCACAGCAUCAACGUGAGUCAUGCAUACACUUACGCGAAGCACCAUUUCCUCGUGGACACACAAGCAAUGGACAGACGGCCGUCGGGUGACUUCCUUGCUAGCUCGACAUCGAGCUUGAAAGGUUGUACGAGCUACAAUGAAAUUCUUCGUGGCCAGCUGAAGCCACCGACCGCUGGCCAUGUGCUUGUCACGGAAGAACUGUCAGCGUCGUAUGUCUCAGUGUCGAUGACGAUCGCUUUUCUCAAGUACCUACAGCAGCGAAACGUCGCUCGAAUCGACGAGGCAAGACAAGUGAUCCGCGAUAUGAGACAGUAUAUGCAGGCGACUGCUAGCCAAGUGUUAUCGAGCACACGUACGCAAGAUGUCGAAGAUCGAAUGCGGGAGGUGGAAGUUGGCAUGGCCCAUUACAUGCGUCUCCAUGCUUCCUACCAAGAAACCUUGAAGCGCUAUGCGACGAUGUCGACCUCGCUCGAGGACGGCCGUGAACAGGGGAUUACAGGCUGUCUGAAGCGAAGCAGCAUGAAGAAGGAUAAAGCGACAGCAUUCAUGGCCACCAAUCUCAACUGUCACCUCGUGCGUGGAAGACGUGUGCGUCUUGCCGGCGACGUUGACCGAAGCGAUCAAGGAUGGCGAAGUGGGCUGGCACCAACUUUGACGGAUGAUGCAUCCGGAUCUGACGAGAACGACAGUGAGAAGUUGCUUGUAUCCGAGUACGUUUACUCGGUGGUAACUCAUGGCUGUGCUUCAGCCCAUAUCAUGGGCUUCAAGGAGGGUGGUUUGCGUCGUCUGAAACAGCAGUUGGCAACACAGAGCUCGCCCGACCCUCGUCUACGCGAGCGCAUUGAGAUGAGAGAAGACGUUGUGCGUUCGCAGGUGCUUGCAAUCGCUGGCGCGUCAUUUCUGAACGCUGUGGGCCUGGCGGCAACUCGUGGUGGACAGCACCGCCAACGCCUGCAGCUGUCAUGCUCGACGGGCUUUUUGCUCAGCAUCGAGUCUUUGCUGAGCACUGUAGGUGCCGAAAAGGGAAUGCUGGAAGACAUGGCCGAUGGUGUUCGCUGGCUCAACAGUGUGGUGAGUUUCCAGCUUGUACAGUCUGCCGAAACGAGCCCGCUCGUGGAAAUGUCAAAGUGCGUUAGCGUGACUAGCACACGCACUGGGGACCAUGUGGUGGCUGCAUUUGCUGUACCCCCCGUCGUGUUUGCAAAGCUUCCUGAAGUGCUCCAGCAAGGCCAUGCGAUAAAACUCCACGGAGUGAUGUUCACCCAAGGGAUUAAUGAGAUGCAGUCAGUGGCCAACCACUAUUUGAACUCGAGUCUGCAGGAUGAGCUCAACUUUGAGAGUGUGCAGAUGCUGCAGCGGUAUUUCCGAGUAUACCAGACGCAAGUUAUGCUCAAUGGGAGCGAUGCAAAGAAACUUGAAGCCGAUCUGGUCGACCUGCGCGAGCUCCAGUCCGACAUUGAAGCACUGACCGGCCGCCUCAAUGUUCGUGCCGAGAACGUGCAGAAGAAGCUUGUGAACAUCCUCAUCACAUCCAGCGAUAUAUGCCGUCGUCUCGGCGCUGGACGCACGACGUGUUGCAAGAGUGGAAAAGACCGCACGGCAAUGUCAGUGACACUGGAGACGUCUCGUUUGCUUGUGGAUCACUUUCACGUGAAACAAGGUGUGCAUCUUUGUAAUGCCAUGAGGGAACGUGGCGUUCGCCGCGUGAACGUCCUGGCGAACACGGGCAAGACCAAUUUUGCCUUCAACUCGUUCCAGCUCAAGUAUAUUCCUGACUGCUACAAGCCACCGCUUGCUUGUACCGAUUCGCGUGUGGCAUCUUAG